UAUCACAUAGCAAUUAUCUGUUAUUUUAAAAAGAUUAUUUUUACUAAGUAUUUUAAACCCAUAAAAUAAUUCAUUUUCAAUUCAUUAAGCAUUAACAUAAGCAAAAUUUGUUACACAUUUUCAAAUAUCAUACAUUUGAUUUUAUUAGAUUUCAUUAGGUAACGAUGGCUCCGAAAGUAAAGAACAAAAGACCACAAAAGAUAGAGAAAAAGUCGGCAUUGAAACUGGCAGGUCCACCUCCAAAGCCGAAGAAGAUACCGCCUCCACCAGCUUGUUUCACUGCCGAUGAUAUAAUGAAAUACAAAGAAAUCUUUAGAUUAUAUGACGAGGAACAGAUUGAUAAGGUACCUAUAACACUGAUACCGACAAUGCUAAGGAAGAUAGGAUUAAAUCCGAAAACAGCAGAAGUAAAUCAGAUGUUCGUGACGUUUCUAGAAGAUGAUCUUGUUGAUACAGUGGAGUUUCACGAAUUUCUGCAAAUGAUAGAAGCUAAAGUGAACUUUGGAGAUGACUUCGAGAUAGAUGUAACUCGUGCAAUUGCUGCACUAGGACAUGACGAUGAAGAAACAGGUUUUGUGGACUUUGAAUUAUUCAAGCAAGAACUUAUGGAAUGGGGCGAACCCCUUUUGGAGAUAGAAUUUAUGGAUUGGAUUAAGUUGGCUAUAAGAGAUAAAUCGUAUAACCAACAAGAUGGCAAGUUUUGCUACGGAAAGUUUGUGGAGAACUUAAAUAACAGAGAUAUGCGAUUCUUUAAGGAACCGAUUAACUAUUUCAAGCUUGAUCAGAAGACUUUAGCUGAAUUAGCCAUAAAGAAGGCGCAGGCACAGAAAGAAGAGCAAGAAAGGAGAGAACUUGAGAAGAAGGCUCGAGACGAGGCUAGGAGACAGAAAAUGAUUGCUGAUGGCUUAUUACUUCCUGAUGAACCGUUGCCGUCUGCUGAACCAGCUACCAAGGCUGCUACAUCAGUUACCGCAGUUGCCACGUCAGCGAUCAAGGCUGCUACAUCAUCAACCACGACUGCUGCCGCCGACAAAGCAGAGCCAAAGGAAACCUAGUAAUCAAAAACUUUCACCUUAAUCAUUUUAAUUCUCUACUGUGAUUUUAUUUGUUCCAUUUUUGAUGACAUGUUUACUGUAAUAGUUAUGAUAUUGUAGUAUUACUCAUUUAGAUUUAAAUAUCUG